AUGCCAACAACCCCCCGGAGCAGAAGCCAAGCUAGGACCACCAGGUCUUGGAUCUUGUCAGGCAUGGACUUCGGUGACACGAGACGCAAGCCUAAUUUCGCAGGAAAGAUCGCGGUGGCUGCCGCCCUCACUGUCAUGUGCAUACUUGUGUUGAAACAGUCUCCUGGUUUUGGCGGUACUAGCGUGUUCUCUCGCCAUGAAACUGGGGUGACUCAUGUGCUGGUGACUGGAGGUGCUGGAUACAUUGGCUCACAUGCUACUCUUCGUCUCCUUACGGACAACUACCGAGUUACCAUUGUGGAUAACCUUUCGAGAGGGAACAUGGGAGCUGUCAGAGCUCUUCAGAGGCUGUUUCCAGAGCCUGGGAGGCUUCAGUUUAUAUACACUGAUUUAGGCGAUCCGAAAGCUGUGAACAAAAUGUUUUCGGAGAACGCGUUUGAUGCUGUUAUGCACUUCGCUGCUGUUGCUUAUGUUGGUGAGAGCACGCAAGAGCCACUAAGGUACUACCACAACAUAACAUCAAAUACGUUGACAGUGCUUGAGGCAAUGGCAGCACAUAAUGUAAAAACUCUGAUUUACUCGAGUACUUGUGCAACAUAUGGUGAACCUGACACAAUGCCUAUUGUAGAAACAACUCCUCAGAUACCUAUCAAUCCAUAUGGCAAGGCAAAAAAGAUGUCCGAGGACAUCAUUCUAGAUUUCUCAAAGAAAUCGAACAUGGCUGUGAUGAUCUUAAGAUACUUCAAUGUGAUUGGAUCAGACCCUGAGGGACGCCUUGGGGAAGCUCCAAGGCCUGAGCUGCGUGAGCAUGGAAGGAUUUCUGGUGCGUGUUUUGAUGCAGCAUCGGGAAUCAUUCCAGGGCUGAAGGUUCGAGGAACGGACUACCCUACCGCUGAUGGAACUUGUGUAAGAGACUACAUUGAUGUCACAGAUCUUGUUGAUGCUCAUGUCAAAGCUCUUGGUAAAGCUGAGCCUAACAAAGUUGGAAUCUACAAUGUCGGCACAGGGAAAGGUAGGUCAGUGAAGGAGUUUGUAGAAGCGUGCAAGAAGGCGACCGGAGCGACCAUCAAGGUUGACUACCUCGACCGGAGACCCGGGGAUUACGCCGAAGUAUACAGCAACCCGGCCAAGAUCCGCGACGAGCUGAACUGGACAGCCCAACACACAGACCUCCGCGAGAGCCUUGCAACGGCCUGGAAAUGGCAGAAGGCGCACCCGGGCGGAUACGGGUCGGCCUGA